CGAGCGCCGCGGGGGCGGGGGGAGGAGAGGCAGCGAGCGGAGGCGGCGGGAGGAGGCGGAGUCGCCGCAGCGGCCGGCCGCGGGAGGGGGUGUGCGCGGGUCACAUGGUCGGGCUGCCCUCCCUCCCCGGAGCCGCCUCGCCGCCGCGGUGCGCUGGCUGCAGGAAGCCACCGCCGCCGCCGCCGCCGCCGCCGCCGCCGCUUUGUUGUGAGGGCCCGCGAGCAGCGCCGCCUCCUUCCUGCAGCCCACCCUCCCGCCGCGGGCCCCGGCGCCCCGCCCGCCCUGCCCAUGAGGCGGCUCCGCGAGCAGCGCUGCCUCCGGCCCGGGGCGGCGCGGCGCUGAGGCUGCGGGGCGGCGGCGCUCUCCCUCUGCGGGAGGCGGGCGGCCCCGGCCCCGGCCCCGUCCCCGAGGGCAUCAUGGAGGUGAAUGCGGGAGGUGUGAUCGCCUAUAUCAGUUCUUCUAGCUCGGCCUCUAGCCCUGCCUCUUGCCACAGCGACGGCUCUGAGAAUAGUUUCCAGUCCCCCUCCUCUUCAGUUCCAUCUUCUCCAAACAGUUCUAACUCUGAUAACAAUGGCAGUCCCAAAAAUGCUGAUCUCUCCAAUAUUGAAGGCAUCCUGAAGAAUGAUCGAAUAGAUUGUUCUAUGAAAACAGGCAAACCGAGUGCACCUGGCAUGACAAAGAGUCACAGUGGAGUGACAAAAUUUAGUGGCAUGGUUCUACUGUGUAAAGUCUGUGGGGAUGUGGCAUCAGGAUUCCACUAUGGAGUUCAUGCUUGUGAAGGCUGUAAGGGUUUCUUUCGGAGAAGCAUUCAGCAAAACAUUCAGUACAAGAAGUGCCUGAAGAAUGAAAACUGUUCUAUAAUGAGAAUGAACAGGAAUAGGUGUCAGCAGUGUCGCUUCAAAAAAUGUCUGUCUGUUGGAAUGUCCAGAGAUGCUGUUCGGUUUGGUCGUAUUCCUAAGCGUGAAAAGCAGAGGAUGCUAAUUGAAAUGCAAAGUGCGAUGAAGACUAUGAUGAACAGCCAGUUCAGUGGUCAUUUGCAGAAUGACAGCAUAAUAGACCACCAUGAACAGACAGCCUUACCAGCCCAGGAACAGCUGAGACCCAAGCCCCAGCUGGAGCAAGAAAACAUCAAAAGCUCUUCUCCCUCUUCUGAUUUCGCCAAGGAAGAAGUGAUUGGCAUGGUGACCAGAGCACACAAGGAUACCUUUAUGUAUAAUCAAGAACAGCGAGAAAAUCCAACAGAAACCCUGCACCCUCAGAGAGAACGGAUUCCUAAAAACAUGGAGCAGUACAAUUUAAAUCAUGACCAUUGUGGCAGUGGGCUUAGUAGCCAUUUCCCCUGUAGUGAGAGCCAGCCGCAUCUCAAUGGACAGUACAAAGGGAGGAACAUGAUGCAUUACCCAAACGGGCAUGCCAUUUGUAUUUCAAAUGGACAUUGUAUGAACUUCUCAAAUGCUUAUACUCAAAGAGUAUGUGAUAGAGUUUCCGUAGAUGGAUUUUCUCAGAAUGAGAACCAGAAUAGUUACCUCUGCAACUCUGGAGGGAGAAUGCACCUGGUCUGUCCAAUGAGUAAGUCUCCAUAUGUGGAUCCACAUAAAUCGGGGCAUGAAAUCUGGGAAGAAUUUUCGAUGAGCUUCACCCCAGCAGUAAAAGAAGUGGUGGAAUUUGCAAAACGUAUUCCUGGAUUUAGAGAUCUCUCUCAGCAUGACCAGGUCAACCUUUUAAAAGCUGGGACAUUUGAGGUUCUAAUGGUACGGUUUGCAUCAUUAUUUGAUGCGAAAGAACGCACUGUCACAUUUUUAAGUGGAAAGAAGUAUAGUGUGGAUGAUUUACAUUCAAUGGGAGCAGGAGACCUACUAAACUCUAUGUUUGAAUUUAGUGAGAAGCUAAAUGCCCUCCAACUUAGUGAUGAAGAAAUGAGUUUGUUUACAGCAGUUGUCCUGGUAUCUGCAGAUCGAUCUGGAAUCGAAAAUGUCAACUCUGUGGAGGCUUUGCAGGAAACCCUCAUCCGUGCACUAAGGACCUUAAUAAUGAAAAACCAUCCAAACGAAGCAUCUAUUUUUACAAAACUUCUUCUCAAGUUACCAGAUCUUCGAUCUUUGAACAACAUGCACUCUGAAGAACUCUUGGCCUUCAAAGUUCACCCCUAAGGCCUUUGGUUAUUUAAACAUGAACUGACUCAUGCUAACUGUACAUUUUUGUGCUAAAAUGCUUAUUUAUAUGUGUAUAUCAUAUGUGGAGAUAGAAAAGACCUUUAAGACAAUACAAGAUUGUAGGCUAUCUCUGUGAUCGGCUUAGCUGUUUGGACUGAGGUUUCUUCAGCCACAAGUAGAUAGUGACCGCAUCUCCCUGAUAGGCCAAUCAGCUGUGUCACACUUCAACUGGAGACGUUACACUGAAUUAUAACCACACUGAAUGUCAGACUCUUUUCAUCUGCCAAAACCAAAAACCUUUUUGACCUCCCUGUAAUACAAACGUAACAAACAAUCACAAACAUAUGGAGAUAGAAAACUUAACCCUUUGAGGUAGAAGUUCCAUUAAAUAAUGAAAACUUGAUUUUCACAAGAGUGGUCUGGUACUCAGAAACUUCUGCAAGUUAGAUUCCCAUAUCUGUUUUACUCUGCCACUGUAUGAUCUUAGGCUAUCUUGGUUGUGGGAAGUAAGAACUAAUAAUGUUUCUAAUGCCCCGACUCACAGAGAUACUAAAAAAAAAUGUCUAUAAAACGUAUUUACCUCUUGGGAUAUGGGCACUAUGUAAAUACGGUAAAUUCUUUUGUUAAUGUAAUUAUUCAUAAUGAUGUUUUUUUUUUUUUCUUAAGUAUUUCUGAGAAAUCACAAGUCACACCAGUCUAUUAAUCCAGGCUUCCUGCGUAUGUGUGGGGCAUCCUGCUGGCACACAGAUUCAGAGUUUAUGUGUACAUCAGAUACAUAGUAUGUGUACAUAAUGUGUAUGUGAAUAUAGUUAUACAUAAAUAUAUUUCUUCACAAUAUUUUAAACUGUGAAGAACUUUAUCUUACAGUAAACUUAAAACAGGAGGUGUCAAAAGACCCAAAUUAGGUGCAUUUUACCUGUUGAUAACAUAACCAUUGCUUUAAAUGUUUAAACAGAAUAUUGAAUUUAUGCUCUAUUUUUGUUUACUAAAGCAACACUUAAUGUAGAAAUGCAACAGGUAGUCAAGUCCAAAUUCAAAAAAACAUGAAUCUUAAAAUUCACCUUUGAUAAAUUUUUUUGGCUCAAGGUACUAGUUGCUUAGAAGUUUAUUGAGAUGCUUUCCUUGUGCUAAAAACAAUUUGAAUAAUUGUCCCUUAUACACAUGCUGCAGCUUGAUGAUACCAGCGUUUGAGAAAACUAACAUGUUGGUGUGUGUGUGUCUGUGUGUGUGUGUGUGUGUGUGUGAGAAUUAUAUAUGAGUAUGGAUCCACAAGUAUGUUCUGAGUCCAUUUCCCUCUCUCCCCUGAAUGUUAGCACUACAGGGGUAGUCCAAAAUUCUAUUUAAUCUGUAGUUUGAAAAAUCAGUAUAUGUGUGACCUAGAGACUUAGAAAUGGUAUAGUCAAAGACAUUUCAUCCACAUUUCUAAUGUUGGGCUUUUUUAAGAUUAAGGAUAGUUAAAGAGUUCAUCUUAUGUGCUUUUCUGUUUCCAUGGAAACUAGUAAUUAAUUGGAUUUUUUUGUUUUGGUAAAUAAUGCCUUCUAUAUAAUUUUUGGAUUAUAUAAAAUCACAAAAUUGAAAACAGCCCAUUUUACUAUACUCAGCCUGUUGUUACUUUAAUGACAUGUGAGCAGAAUGCCUUACUUUGUAAUCUUGUUUAACUUGUUGCUAGUAAGACUUGAAUUUCUGUGGCACCUGUUAAAUAGGUUUUUAAAAAAAGUUCAACCCUCUCAUUAUUAAAGAGGAAAGGUGGUGGUGAUGUCUGUAAUACAAUGUAACCAUAAUUGUGGUUUACCUUAACUAGGGGUGACUUUUAUGGGAUAUACAGUAUAGUUUUUGUGAAUUCUUUACAUAGCAUUAUCUUUUUAUAAUUUUUUCUUAAGAGAAAUGCAUAGUUUUCUUCUAUGGGGGAUAGAUACAGCUUUUUGAAGUAAUGCUGAAAACCUCUAAGAUCAUCUUGAUUCUUAAUUUUUGCCUUUUUCCCUAAAUUUCUUUAUAACACGUAUCUUUAAAACAAUUACUAAGUCUUUAGGAAUGUGUAGCCAGAACUGUUAGUAUUGCUUAUAAAACUUUAGUCAGGUUCAAUAUAUACAUGGUACACAUCUAUAUAUAGGUAUAGAGAUUCAUAUUUUGUCUUUUGAUAUUUUAUUUGAAUCAAUCCUUUCUGUAGAUGGUGGGAAGCAAACUUAAUCAUUUCUGUACCACUCAAAAGUGUUUCUUUGUUUGAAAUGAGCCCAUUCUUGAAACACACUUUAAUUCUAAAGUUAAACCAGCAGCAGCCUAUUACAAGCACAUUCUUUAGUUGAGUCAUAAAUCAGGGUUCCUGCAUAGGUGUGGGGCCUCUACUGGCACAGAGAUUCAAAGUUUAUAGGUACAUCAGAUACAUAGCGUAUGUGUGCAUAAUAUGUAUGCGAAUAUCGUCAUUCACUAUAUCCAGAGAAGACAACCAAUUUAAGAAACUUCUGAGUUGGUGGACACUGUUGAUUUAUAAUGUACUGUAUGAAUUAAGUGAUGCUUUCCUCUGAUUUUACAUUUAAAAUUAAAAUAUGGGCAUUAUGUCAGCAAACAUAAGGGCAUUAUGUCAGCAAGCUAGCCCCCCCCCCCCCCCUGGACUUUUAGUGUUUCUGUGACUCGAGAUUUACAUGAUCUGCAAGAGGAUUUAAGUUUAUAGAGGGAAAUAGCUGAGGGGAAAGGGGCACAUCAUCUUGUGACAAAACUUUUCCUUGUUGUGGCUGAACUACAGAUUAAAACCUAGAAGGACAUUUCAGUGGGUUAAGUGCAUAGCUUUCAUAUCUGCAUUUCAAGAAAUCACCAUUGUCACCUGAUAAGAUACGGUCUAUUUUAUGUAAACAUCGCAAAGCAAGAUGUAGAAGCUCAGCUAGAGUCUUAAACGUGCACGAGAGUAAGUGAACUAGCUCCAUUAUUUUCUUGUUCAGUAUAAAGUUUGCUGAAUGUACAAGAAGAAUUUAUCACUUAGGAUAUAGGAUUUUUUUUAGGGGCUUGGGGGGAGGGGUUCUGUCAAGAAAUUGUUACCUAUAAACAAACAUUGUCUUGAUUUGAUCCAAAACAAAACUUGAAGCUAUUCUUGAACUAACAUGGAAAAAUUAAAUGGCUGUUGUUUAAAAAAAAAAAAAUGAUAGAAAUAUAUUGUCAACAGGGAUAUAUGAAUUAAGCUUAUUUCUACAAACUAAUUGAUGAGGACAUAGAUAAUAUCUUCAUGUUUCUGAAAAGUAAUCUACGUGGAGGCAGGAGAUAAUAAAUAUUAUUUCUAAUCA